AUGGGAGAUCUGAUUCAGCUGGAUCCGGGAUACAAAGUCGAAGGAAAUUACACUGUAGUCAAGAAGCUUGGCGAAGGCGCUUUCGGUAUGUUUUUGGGGUGAAUUUGGAUUUUUUAGCAUUUUUUGAGGAUUUUUAGCUAUUUUUAAAAUUUUAAAGUUUUAAAAAUUUUUAAAAAAUUGAAAUUUUGGAAAAAAAGAACAUCCAAAACGUAUUUUACAAAAAAUCUAGCUUCUACUCCUUAAUCAUGACAUUUAAGGAGCUGUGUACAAAGUGACUGACAAGAGCAAUGCCCUAUACGCCCUGAAGGUCGAAGGUGUAGCCGAGCAGAUCCAGCUUCUCAAAAUGGAAGUCUUCGUAUUGGCAGAACUGCGCAAAGCUGGCGGUCGACAUUUCUGUAAAAUCGAAGACAAAGGCCAAAUCGAAAACUUCAACUAUGUUGUGAUGACAUUCGUGGGCGAAUCCUUGGCCGAUCUGAGAAUGCGGGCGCCCGGAAAGAAGUUCUCAUUGGGGACGGCCAUGAGUGUAGCCAUUCAAUCGUUGGAAGCGCUUGAGGAUUUGCACGGUAUCGGUUAUCUGCACAGAGAUGUGAAGCCAGCUAAUUAUACCAUUGGCAGGGCUGAGAUCAACGAGUUGAGGAAGGUAGGGGAGAUUUGAACCGCUUUGCUAAAAAACAAGCUAAAAACUAUAUUUAUAGCCAUUUUUAGGUAUACGUUCUUGACUUCGGAAUGGCCAGAAAGUUUGUUCACGAUGAUGGCACUAUCAAGAAGCCCAGAGACGUUGCCGGUUUCCGUGGGACCGUCAAGUAUGCUCCUGUAGCCUGUCACGCUCAAAGAGAAUUGUGCCGUUUGGACGAUUGCGAAACUUGGCUUUACAUGGUGGCUGAAUUCACCAAAGGAAGUUUACCGUGGAGAAACAUGAAGGUAAGUUAAUAUCCUAACAAGCGUAUUACCUUUGGUGUCCUGAAAAUUUACUGUAAUCGAUCCAUUCGUUGCACCGUGAGGCUUUAAAUUACUGUGCAAUCCAACUAAAACAUCAACUUUUUUUAUCAAGAGCUAAUUUUAGGACAUGCACGAGAUCGGAAUGCUGAAAAGAAGAUGUCGUGGAGGUGUGGAGAUCAAAAUGCUCUUUGGUGGUUGCCCUCGCGAGUAUAUUGACGUCCUGAGAACGAUCGACAGCGGCAAAUUCUUUGACGAACCCAAAUAUGGCCAAAUGUACAAUCUCCUACGACAAGGAAUGAAAACCUUGAAUGCCCAAGAAUUCCCGUACGAUUGGGAACGUUGGCUAGAAGAAGAAAAGAAGCGGAAAGAAGCCGAAAAGAAUAAGAAAGAUGGCAAAGAUGGAGGAAAAGACGAUAAGAAGGACAAAAAGGACGACAAGAAAGAUGAAAGAAGGAAGAGAAGAAGGAUAAAGAUAAGGAAAAGGAGGAUAAGAAGGACGAUAAGAAGGAGGAGAAGAAGGACGAAAAGAAGGACAAAAAGGACGACAAAGACGACGACAAGAGUGAAUAGGCCGCUUCCGAGACUUGUUUUUGAAAUAAAGUCUGUUGAAUAUUGUAGUACUUUGUAUUCUAAUAAUUUUGAUAAACAAAAAUAAUUUAAAGUAACAAAGCUACAUACUUUCAAAGCAGUAAAAAUUUAUUUAAAAGUAUCUUUUACACAAUGCCAAAUUCCCUUCGUUAGCAUUUUUUUGUUUUCGUGUCGGGAUUCAAGUAUAUGUUACAUGCGUAAAAAUUAAAAAAUAUCUGGGAUUUUUCUCGCGUUCUUUCGUAAAACAAUAUUUUUCGCCUAAAAAGUAUUGUAAAGCUAGUCUGUUAUUGUUAUUUUGUACCUCUAUUAAUUUAAUUACUAAUAUAGUUUCAAAAGAUAGAUAAUAUUGUCUGAAAUGGGCUUGAUAUCUCAGGAUUUUGUUGGUAAAGACAAUCAAGUUAACAUUAACUUUGAACGAUGUUUGUGUGUUCAUUCAAUGUUACAAAUGGUAGAUGUUACAGUGCAGAUCAUUGCGUUUUCACGAGGAUUUAUUCCACAGACUUAUCAAUUACUUUGUCGAGAUGAAAGUGCAUCUUCCAAAAAGUUCUGCGAAACUUAUACUGAAGUAAGUUGCUGUUUUAUUAGAGUUUUUUGUAUUUUAGGUACAUUACCUACGUUUUACUCGUAUUUUCACGCCAUAAAAAGUUUUUAAAGCUACGUUUGGCAUCAAAAAUGGCCAACAUCAAACGCGAAGUUAAUAUUGUUGUAUCUUUUAGAUAAUGUCGAAUCUGCGUCAAAUAUUCCGAUCAGCUAAUCGACAAGCCCUUACGAAUGUGUUAGUAGUGAUAGGAUGUAAUUACUUUACGCCAAACGAAGUUUUUAAUAUUGACGUAGCGCCUUGUGGGAAUCACGAACAUGAACUGAAAGUAGAUGAAGAUGUGACGAUUAGUUGUGCUCAGAAUUGUGGUGAACUUAGUCAGAGGUUAGUUUUUGGUUUAUAUGGGCUUUUUCAAAGUGUAGGUAUAAAAACAAAGUGAUAGAUUCAUGUCCGUAUCAUAUUUAUGCUUCUAACAAUCCAAAGGAAAUUAUGUGUUGUACAUCUAAUUUUAGGGAACGCAGACGAAUAUAUACGUCUUUAAUAUUAGAUCAGGAAGAUAAAGCUCAUAAGAUAUCAAGGAAUUCAAAGAUAUACAUCAUGAUCAAUGCUAAACGGAAGUUAACCAAACUUUCUGAUAGACUGGAGUUUGAGUGAGUAUUUUUGCAUAUUAUAUUUGGAUAAGAACUCUAAUGGUUUAAGUUUAUGAGUUAUUUUGAUUUAAAUAUAAAAAUAGUUUCUAAAUUCUUAUAUUUUAGUCAAGACUUCGAGCCUCCGUCGUCAGAAGGCAUCAGAAAACGGCACGGUCAAACAACUCACAUUGGAACAGUGAGUUCCUGUUCAGAAGAACGUGGCAAUGAAAAGGAAAAUGGUUCAUAUUGGUACCGCCUUGGCCUGAAUUUAUAUUCUAUUGCGUGAUAAUGGUUAAUGUUGUUAUCUAACUACAAUUUACACUUUUUUGUCAAUGUGAUUGAAUAAUAAUUGUUGGGGUAAUAAAUAAGUUAUUGUGAAUUGUUUUAUGCUUUUCCAAGACUUGUAUUAUGUUGGUUUUUACCUUAUUUUGAUGUUACUUUGUUUUUAAAUUUAUUUUUUUAUGAGUGAGAGUUAUAAAGCUUUAUAUAAACAAUCAAAAGAUUUGUUUAUAACUGAAAUUAUUUUAACAUUUUUUGAAAUGAAUUACGUUUGUACUAAUUUGUUUCUAUUUUUGUUAUUUUUUAGUGUUUCACUAUGUUGCGAACGAGAUUAUUCAGAUUAUGAUAACAAUGAUGUGUAAGAUACGUAAUUAUUGAAAAAUAUUUAAAAAUUUAUUCAAAGAAUGAAAAACAGAUUUAAAUUAUGUAAAUUUGAGUUUAUUUUGUGAUUAUAGACAUGAACAGAUCGCUGAUUGCAAAGAUCAGGACAAGUAAGUUGUUUAGUCUAUUUUUUAAUUUUCAAGACUAAAGUUUUUAAAUUUUAGAAUUAAAAUUGAAUGUAAUAAACUAUUUUUUAUAUGCUUAUUUUCAGUCUCUUCGACUGCGUAGCGGCCCUCAACGUUCGUCCAGCUAACUUGCUGAUUAAUUUUGGUCUGUCUGUCGGUUAUAUUAACAAGAAUGGGAACGACAAUGAAAUAGAUGCUGAAGCUCAUGAUGUAUACAGCAAUUGUACGAAGAAUCUGUUGCAUCAGAUGCCACAUCACUUCCGUUCCAAACUUUUGACUAUUCUGAAUGUUAAUGCGUAUGACAAGAACUGUUGGCCGAAGGGAGAGGUUUGUGAGAUGAACAGGAAGUUCUUGUACCCUUUUGUAUGUUUGGCACGACAAAAAUGUUCUGCUUACUUUACUGAAGCUUUCUAUACUUUGACGUAUGCUCAUCAGAUGCUUCAUUUGGAAACGAAUAGCAAGUUGAAGUAAGUCAAGUUAUAGAAUAUAAUGAUUUUUUGAAUUGUGGGGGUAUUUUUGAUAGUUUUUUAAAAGUUUUUGUACAUGUAACUUCUGGGGCAAUAGUUAGUUUAAUUUAAUGAUAGUUAGUUUUUACAAUGAUUUUUAAAAAAUCUAGAGUUUAAAAGGUCAAAAUCAAUGUUUAAGACAUUAAAAAUGUUGUUGUAGUUGCCCAGAUGGUGAAAGUGAUCCUUUUGAUGAUUUAUUUGAGCCAAAUCAUUCAUUUUUGUUAGAUGGUAUCUUGAGCAACCGUUUUUGUCAAAACAUACCAAAUCCUCCACGUUUGAUGCUAAAACAAUCAUACAAUAACAAUGUGAAGAUUACUGUUGGUGUCGAUUUUCAUUGGCCAUAA